UGGCCCCAGCGCCCCCGGGAGCCGGCCCCGCGCCCCAUGGGGCUGGGUGCCCAGGACAGGGGGCUGUUGCUCCGCCUGUGGGGCAAGUUCCGCGGGUGGGUGCAGAGGCGCGAGGCGUGGGCGCAGGGCCGGGACGAGCUGCACCUGCGACAGCAGCAGAGGCCUCCCGGGGGCUGCUGGCUGGCCUGCGAGGGCGCGGGCUUGGCCACCCCGAGGUGCUGGCCGGGAGGAGAUGCAGGAGCCCUGGGGGAGACCGCCCUGCACGUGGCCGCCCUCUACGACAACCUGGAGGCCGCCCUACUGCUGAUGGAGGCCUCCCCCGAGCUGGUCCGGGAGCCCAUGGUGUCUGAGCUGUACGAGGGCCAGACCGCACUGCACAUCGCUGUGGUGAACCAGAACGUGAACUUGGUGCGUGCCCUGCUCGCCCAUGGGGCCAGCGUCUCGGCCAGAGCCACGGGGGUGGCCUUCCGCCGCAGCCCCCACAACCUCAUCUAUUUUGGGGAGCACCCUCUGUCCUUUGCUGCCUGUGUGGGCAGUGAGGAGAUAGUGCGUCUGCUCAUUGAGCAUGGAGCGGACAUUCGCGCCCAAGAUGCCCUGGGAAACACGGUCCUGCACAUCCUCACACUGCAGCCUAAUAAGACCUUCGCCUGCCAGAUGUACAACCUGUUGCUGUCCUACGACGGGCGCCAGGGGGACCCCUUGCAGCCGCUGGACCUCGUGCCCAACCACCAGGGUCUCACCCCCUUCAAGCUGGCCGGGGUGGAGGGCAACACUGUGAUGUUCCAGCACCUGAUGCAGCGGCGGAAGCACAUCCAGUGGACCUAUGGGCCGCUGACCUCCACCCUCUACGACCUCACUGAGAUCGACUCCUGGGGAGACAAGCAGUCACUCCUGGAACUCAUUGUUACUACCAAGAAGCGGGAGGCGCGCCAGAUCCUGGACCAGACGCCAGUCAAGGAGCUGGUGAGCCUCAAGUGGAAGCGGUACGGGCGGCCGUACUUCUGCGUGCUGGGCGCCGUCUACCUGCUGUACAUCGUCUGCUUCACCAUGUGCUGCGUCCACCGCCCCCUCAAGCCCAGGCUCAGCAACCGCACAGACCCCCGAGACAACACCCUCCUGCAGCAGAAGCUGCUCCAGGAAGCCUAUGUGACCCCCAGGGACAGCGUCCGCCUGAUGGGGGAGCUAGUGACCGUCUGUGGGGCCGUGGUCAUCCUGUUCUUGGAGAUCCCAGAUAUCUUCAGGAUAGGAGUCACCCGCUUCUUUGGACAGACCACCCUUGGGGGGCCAUUCCACAUCCUCAUUGUCACUUACGCCUGCAUGGUGCUGGUCAUCAUGGUCAUGCGGCUCACCAACACCGAUGGGGAGGUGGUGCCCAUGUCCUUUGCCCUGGUGCUGGGCUGGUGCAAUGUCAUGUACUUCGCCAGAGGCUUCCAGAUGCUGGGCCCCUUCACCAUCAUGAUCCAGAAGAUGAUCUUUGGAGAUCUGAUGCGUUUCUGCUGGCUGAUGGCCGUAGUCAUCUUGGGCUUUGCCUCAGCCUUCUACAUCAUCUUCCAGACGGAAGACUCCAGCAAACUGGGCCAUUUCUUCAAUUACCCCAUGGCGCUGCUCAGCACCUUCGAGCUCUUCCUCACGGUCAUCGACGGGCCCGCCAACUACGACGUGGACCUGCCCUUCAUGUUCAGCGUCACCUACGCCGCCUUCGCCAUCAUCGCGGCCCUGCUCAUGCUCAAUCUCCUCAUCGCCAUGAUGGGGGACACUCACUGGAGGGUGGCCCAUGAGCGGGACGAGCUCUGGAGGGUCCAGGUCGUGGACACCACAGUGAUGCUGGAGCGGAAGCUACCUCGCUGCCUGUGGCCUCGCUCAGGCAUCUGUGGGCGCGAGUACGGGCUGGGUGACCGCUGGUACCUGCGGGUGGAAGACAGGCAGGACCUGAACCGCCAGCGUGCUCGGCGCUACGCACAGGCCUUCCAGAACCCAGGCCCUGAAGAUGUGGAUGGCAACUCAGUGCAGAAGCUGCAGCUGGACCGGCCCCUGGGCCACCACCUGCCUGUCCCCACGCCCUCCGUGUCACGAAGCACCUCCCGGAGCAGCACCAACUGGGAGCGGCUGCGCCAGGGAACCUUCAGGAGGGAGCUACGAGGCCUGGUCAACCGGGGCCUGGAGGAAGACGGCUACAGCUGGGAGUAUCAGAUCUGA